GCAGAGAGACACUCAGAGGGACUUUGACUCUCCUUUGUGAGCAACCUCCUCUACUCCUCUCUCAGAGAGCACUCUCGUUCCUCCUUCUCAGCAGCUCAAAGACACAGGCACCAUGACAAGCACCAGGUCUAUCCGCUUCGGCACCAGUGGCUCCAUGAGGAAGUCUGGCUACUCCAGCCAGUCAGCUUAUGCACUUCCUGCAAGCUCUAGCAGGGUCAGCACCGUGACCAGUGUCAGGAGAUCUGGAGUGGGUGCCGGUCCAGGCUUCGGUGCAGGAUUCGGUGCUGGAGGCAGCAACUACAGCUUCAGCAGCAGCAGUAUGAGUGGAGGCUACGGUGGUGGUCUUGGUGGUGGUUUUGGUGGAGGUCUCGGUGAUGGCUUCAUUCAACCUAACAUCACCGCUGUAACCGUCAACCAGAGCCUGUUGGCCCCCCUUAACCUAGAAAUUGACCCCACGAUUCAGGCUGUCCGCACUCAGGAAAAAGAGCAGAUCAAGACCCUCAACAACCGCUUCGCUUCCUUCAUUGACAAAGUGCGUUUCCUGGAACAGCAGAACAAGAUGCUGGAGACCAAAUGGAGUCUCCUCCAGGAACAGACUACCACCCGCUCCAACAUCGAUGCCAUGUUUGAGGCCUACAUUGCUAACCUGCGCAGACAGCUCGAUGGCCUGGGAAAUGAGAAGAUUAAGCUGGAAGGAGAACUGAGGAAUAUGCAGGGCUUGGUUGAGGACUUCAAGAACAAGUACGAAGAUGAGAUAAACAAGCGUGCUUCAGUAGAGAAUGAGUUUGUUCUGCUCAAGAAGGAUGUUGAUGCAGCCUACAUGAACAAGGUUGAGCUUGAGGCCAAGGUUGAUGCUCUUCAGGAUGAGAUCAACUUCCUCAGGGCAGUCUAUGAGGCUGAACUGCGUGAGCUCCAGUCUCAGAUCAAGGACACAUCAGUCAUUGUGGAGAUGGACAACAGCAGAAAUCUGGACAUGGAUGCCAUUGUGGCUGAAGUUCGUGCCCAGUAUGAGGACAUUGCCAACCGCAGCCGUGCUGAAGCAGAGAGCUGGUACAAACAGAAGUUUGAGGAGAUGCAGUCCUCUGCUGGUCAGUACGGUGAGGACCUCCGCUCAACCAAAUCUGAGAUUGCAGAACUCAACCGCAUGAUCGCCCGCCUGCAGAACGAGAUUGAAGCCGUCAAGGGACAGCGUGCCAACUUGGAGGCUCAGAUCGCUGAGGCUGAGGAGCGUGGAGAGCUGGCAGUGAAGGACGCCAAGCUCCGCAUCAAGGAUCUCGAAGAAGCCCUCCAGAGGGCCAAGCAAGACAUGGCCCGCCAGGUGCGUGAGUACCAGGAGCUCAUGAACGUCAAACUGGCCCUCGACAUUGAGAUCGCCACCUACAGAAAGCUGUUAGAAGGAGAGGAGAGCAGACUGUCCAGCGGUGGAGCUUCAGCCACCAUUCACGUGCAGCAGACCUCUGGAGGUCUCUCAUCUGGUUUCUCUGGUAGCGGCUCUGGAUUCGGCUAUGGCGGUGGUUUCAGUAGCGCUUCAGGAUUUGGUGGUGGAUCAGGAUACAGUAGUAGCUCCAUCAGCAAAACCAGUGUCUCCAGUGUCAGCAGUAAACGCUUUUAAGGAGAAUCGUCCCCAACCAAACCUAUCCCAGAAACCUAUCUUCCUUACUUGCAACUAGAUCACUUGAACCUUCUUACAACUCAAACCAUCUAUGGUGCUAUAUUCUAGCCAGACAGCUAUCCCCUGUUAAUGAGGAGAUGAGGACAAUGAUUUCUUAAGCAUACAAUAAGUUUUAGGUUGUUCUGUGCAUUGAUGGUAGUUACCCAUAAACAUGAAUUUGUUUAUUUCUGCACUGAUAUAUAUGGGGAAAGUGAGACUUAAAUGAAAUAUAUACACAUGGAAACCACUGAAGCCAAUUAGACCUGUAACAACAAUUUGAUUUCAGUCUCAUUAGCAUAACCACAAGCAGUACCAUGGUUGCACUGGAUCAGGGAUGUGCUAUACAGGUCCUGAAUAUCCUCGUUGAAUUUUUGUGCUGUUACAAGCUCCCUGCUGUAUUUUUGUUGACUAAUAUCACUUUUGUCAUUAUGCAAUUUUGUUAGUGUUAGUUAACCUAUUUGUUAUUAAUAGUACAAUACUGUCAGCCUGUAACUGAUGACAGUGACUUGUGGGCUUCCAAUGUCCAGUUACCUCACAUUCAAGGGAGAUCUUACAACAACAGAAAGGCACAAUGGAAUUUUUGUAGACCAUCCCUCCUGAACUUUGUGUACUUGCCAAGUUGAGAGCUUUAUUUACUGUGGUGACUGUACUACCUGAUACUUUCCCCUGUAUUCAAACUGCUUCCAGAGCAUAUUUUACAGUCCCUGUUAUAAAUGGAAAAAUGCAACAAAACUGAAACCAUGUUCAACCAGAUUUAUUUUGUAUUGAUUGACUUGACAUCAAUUUAAAAUCUAAAUACAAUAAAUCUGAGACUACAA